AUGGCUGUAUCAGAUGGGGGUCCAGUGUUUAUAAAGGCAAUUGAUGGGUCAGGUGAGUUCAAAGAUAAGCAUUACAUUGCUAGGGUGUUGAAAGAUGCUAUAAAAGAGAUUAGACAUGAAAAAGUUGUCCAAGUCAUCACUGAUAAUGCAAAUGUGAUGAAGGCUGCUGGAGCUCUUAUUGAGGGUGAGUAUCCUAAAAUAUUUUGGACACCUUGUGUUGUCCACACUCUCAAUCUAGAUUUGAAGAAUAUUUGUGCAGCAAAAAACACUGAAAAGAAUGAAGUUACAUAUGAGGAAUGUAGUUGGAUUACACGUGUUGCUGAUGAUGCAUCCUUCAUACGUGUUUUUAUCAUGAACCAUUCUAUGAGGUUGGCAAUGUUUAAUGAAUUUUGUCCAUUAAAAUUGCUCCAAGUUGCUGAUACUAGAUUUGCUUCGGUGGUUGUAACGUUGAAAAGGUUGAAGUUGAUAAAAAGAUGCCUUCAAGCCAUGGCUAUUAGUGACCAAUGGGCUUCUUAUAGGGAGGAUGACGUUGGAAAAGCUCAAAAGGUGAAAGAUAUGAUUCUAAGUGAUCUUUGGUGGGAUAAUAUUGAUUAUAUCCUUGAAUUCACGGCACCCAUUUAUGAUAUGCUACGAAUAGCCGACACAGAUAAGCCUUGUCUUCAUCUUGUGUAUGAGAUGUGGGAUUCCAUGAUAGAGAAGGUGAAAGCAGUGAUAUAUCGGCAUGAAGGCUUGGAAGAGGAUCAAUAUAGCUCAUUUUGGGGUGUGGUGUAUGAUAUACUCAUUGAUCGGUGGACUAAAAAUUCUACACCACUACAUUGCUUGGCUCAUUCCUUAAAUCCUAAGUAUUACUCCAUUGAAUGGAUUUCGGAGAAUCCAAAACGUAUCCCUCCACAUCGGGAUCAUGAAAUUUCUAUGGAAAGAAGCAAGUGUUUGGAGCGAUACUUUGAAGAUGAGAAUGACUUAACGGUGGUGAAGUAUGAGUUUGCUAAAUUUUCAGGAGGGAGGUUUCCUUCACCAAGUGCCUUGAUCGAUAGGUGGACCUUACUACCUUUGGUUUGGUGGCAAUACCAUGGCUCCGCAUUUCCAACUCUUCAAACCCUUGCCCUUAAACUUCUUGGACAACCUUGCUCAUCCUCAUGUGCUGAGAGAAAUUGGAGCACGUACAAAUUCAUUCAUUCCUUAAAAAGAAACAAAAUGGCUCCUGCACGCGCUGAGGAUUUGGUAUAUGUGCAUUCUAAUCUUCGACUCUUGUCAAGGCGCAAUGAAGAGUACAUACAUACCGCAACAAAGAUGUGGGAUAUUGCAGGAGACUCUUGGAAUGAGAGCGACAUGCAUGGAGGAGCUGGAAUUCUUGAGAAUGCAACUCUUACACUUGAUGAGCCAGAGUUGGAGGCUAUAGUUAUUGGGAAUGUUAACACUAGUGCUACUACUAGUGAAAGUGAAGUUCGAAGUGAAGCCAUUGAUCUUGAGGAUGAUGAUAUUUGUGUUUGA